UCCUACACACAUACAUGGACAGCAUGAGGAAAGAGGAAGAGAGAACAAUCAAUCAUCAUGGUUCAGUUGAAAUAAUUGCUAAACAAAGAACUGAUGGCACUGAAAUAGAACCUCCAUUGUUUUACCGCAACUCACCACUUCCUGGGUUAAUACACAUACCGGCCACAAGGAGCACAGAGAAGAAGACAACAAACCUUAUGUACCCAACAAAUCUUGUGGAUAGAGAUGAGAGGAAUGAGGUGAAUGCCAUAUGGAAAUUUUAUCAAGCUCUAAAAAACGAUGAUUUUCAAAUCAUUAUUGGAGAAUUUGCAGCCAAAGUUGUUCUGCCUGUGGUUAUUUUGCUAUUCUCAAUUUUCUACUGGACCUAUGGACUUUACUAUUAUUUUGUUGAUGAAUAUGCAAAAUAAGCCGAUAUUUGGGUUCAAUACUAUAUUUAUCUAUUACUCAUAUGUAUUAGAAGUCAUAUCUAUACAAUUGUCUAAUCUUAUU